AUGAGCCCAAUUAAUAAAAUUGUCAUUCUCUAUGGUUCAGAAACUGGUAACUCACAAGAUUUUGCUACUGUCCUAUCUCAAAAAUUAAAAAGACUACAUUUUGCUAAUACACUUUUACCCUUUGGUGAUUUUGAACCAAAUGAUUUACUGAAAAUAAAGUAUCUUUUCAUAUUAGUCUCUACCACAGGCCAAGGUGCAUUACCAAGAAAUGUGCAUGAAAAUUCAGACGGAUCCAAGAGAACAUUUUGGAGUCUAUUAAAAAAAAGGAACUUACCAGAAACAUUUUUAAACCAUAUCAAUGUUGCAUUCUUUGGACUUGGUGAUUCUUCAUACCCUCAGUUUAAUUAUGCUGUUAGGAAACUUCACAAUCGUAUGGUUAAUCAAUUAGGUGCUAAUGAAUUAUUUGAUCGUUUGGAGGCUGAUGAACAAGGUAUGGCUGGUAGUAAUAAAAAUACUGGAUCUGGAGUCGAAGCUGUCUAUUUUGAAUAUGAAAGAAAGAUUCUUUCCCUCUUAAGAUCGAAAUAUCCAAAGAUGAAAGAUUCUCAAGGUAAUAGAGUGGAAAGAACAGAGAUCGAUCCUUCUAUAUACCUUGAACCUAAUUCAUAUCUGAAAUUAAUCAAUAAUAACACCACUACCACCACUAUUGAUAGUGUUAACGGAAAAAGCCAGUCCUCUGUUAUAUUUACCGGUGAUGAUUCGGUAAAGUAUGGUGAAGUUUUAGUAAAUAAAAGAUUAACUUCAAAGGAUCAUUUUCAAGAUGUCAGACAAUUUAUCUUCACAGAUUGCGACAAUUCAGGAAGCAAACCCGAAUAUUACCCAGGGGAUACCGUUGUGAUAUAUCCUUGUAAUUCAGAUAAUGACGUAGAUGCCUUUCUACAAAAUCAAGAUCAAUGGUUACCCAUUGCAGAUAAACUAUUAGAAUUUACGAAUGGUGUCCCUGAUUCAUUAAGAUGUAUCGGAGGUGGAAUAGUUCAACCAUUGACAUUAAGAAACUUAUUAAAAUAUCACAUUGAUAUCAAAAGCAUACCAAGGACGAGUUUUUUCAUAAAGAUAUGGCAAUUUGCCACCGAUGUGACAAGGAUGGAGAGAGGAGAAGAACAAUUAAAUGAUCAGAGAAAUAAAUUAAAAGAAUUUGCGUACGAUGAAGAUAUGCAAGAACUAUUUGAUUAUUGCAAUAGACCAAGAAGAUCCAUUUUGGAAGUACUAGAGGAUUUCCUAUCACUUAGAUUACCAUGGCAGUUUUGUCUUGAUUAUUUACCACUAAUUCAACCUCGUUCAUAUUCUAUUUCAAGCGGUCCAUGUGAUCCUAAUAUUGAAUUGACAGUAGCUAUAGUGAAAUACAAAACCAUUUUAAGGACAAUUAGAAAGGGAGUCUGCACCACAUAUAUGAGUCAAUUACCUAUUGGAGACAAAACUUUGAGGUAUAAGAUACGAAAUAAUUCUUUAAUCAAGAAAGAGAAGUUUGAUGAUCCAAUGAUAUUAGUAGGACCUGGUGUUGGUUUAGCGCCAUUGCUAUCAGUGAUAAAGAUGUCUAAUGCGAAUGAACAGGGGAAAAUCAGCCUAUUAUAUGGCUGUAGAUUUAAGGAUAAAGAUUACUUAUAUGAGGAUCUUUUGGAAGAAUGGGACCAAAAGGGCAAGAUUCGAUUGUAUCCUGUAUUUUCUCGUGAUCGUGAGAAUUCACCUGAUACUAAAUAUGUUCAAGAUAUGUUAUGGAAGCAUGGGCCACAGAUGACAGAAUUAUUAGUUAAAAAAAACGCAUUAUUUUUCUUAUGUGGUAGUUCUGGUCGUAUGCCGUUACAAGUUAGAAUCACCAUAGUUGAAAUGUUAAAAAAAUGGAGUGGAUUUGUUGAUGAUAGUUCUGCUAAACAAUUUUUAAAAGAUAUGGAAAAGAAUGGUAGAUAUAUCCAAGAGACAUGGUGA